AUGAACACAGAGUCGAUACCACAGAUUAAGGUGGACGAGGUGAGUGGACUGGACUACGAUGGCCUGGAUGGAACACCAGACGACCAUCUGACAACUCUGAAGGCGCUGGCUGAGAAGCUGAGGCUGGAGACACGGAGGCCGUCGUACCUGGAGUGGAAGGCCCGUGUGGAGGCUCAAAGCGCCAAAGGUCCAGGCGGACCAGACGCACCGGACGAACCGGACCGAGGAACAAGCCGCGAUCAAAGGGAAGGAUCUGAGGAGAGCCUGAGAAACUCCAGCCUUGUCCAAGUGGACGGGCUGUCCUCCACAAGCCUGAGAGGAUUUGGAAAUAUCGACGAGGCCCUUGUCUGGCUAAGAAAAGAACUGAUGGAGAUGCGUUUGCAGGACCAGCACCUUGCCCGCCAGCUCAUGCGUCUCCGUGGCGACAUCAACAAGCUGAAGAUCGAGCAGACGUGCCACCUGCACCGGCGCAUGCUCAACGACGCGACCUUUGGCCUCGAGGAGCGGGACGAACUGUCUGAACUGCUGUGCGACGGACCGGUCACUCCGGGAUUCGGGCUCUCCGCCCCGCUCCGCCUCAUCGGCGUCACCAAGAUGAACAUCAACUCGCGACGCUUCUCUCUGUGCUAG